CGCAGAUUCCUGCCGAGUGUAGAGAGGAGAGAGUGAACAGGGAGCGGGGCUUUUGUCUGUUGGUCUCCCUGGACAGAAGCAAGGGAGAACAGAAGCUCAAGACUAUUAAGAUUCUCAAAAUGGUUUACUACCCGGAACUCUUGGUCAGCCACGAACCAUUCCCAUACAAGGAAAUGGAGGGAAGUCUUACUAAGGGGAGACUUCCCGUGCCAAAGGAAGUGAACCACAAGAAGGCGGAGGAGAUCAGUGCUGCCUCCCUGGCUCCACCAGGCAUCCAUGAACUCUGCUCCCCAAAUAUCUUACUCUUUUUACCUCUACUCUUUUUAAUCGUGGGCCUUCAGGCCUGGUUCGCUACAACAAUGUCUUCCACAACUCAAACUCCCACUGCGCUCACAUGA